AUGGAGGAGAACUCAGGGUCGUUUAGGAGAGAGGCAAGCCGCCGCCUCAGGAGGACGACUGAACCAAUGAAAUCACAACACAAACAGAGCACUUCCUGCAUCUCUGUCCCUGAAGACGAUCUGUUGAGGAGUCUCAGUGGGUCCAGAGCCACGCGCCUGCCCCCUUUCCUCCCCCUCCUCCCUCUCCUCCCUGUGGUGAGCUGGAGGCCUCUAGGAGAAAAGCAGGAAGGGGAAGGCGCUGGUGGCUGGCGUUGGCCAGGUACUCGUGACAGUGUUCGGCGUCCUCUGGGAGGUCAGAAGUCGGCGAUUCAUACGAGACGAGCCGGCGAUGCAGUGUAA